CCCCGACACCUUGCCACGAGCUGUCAAAGCGAGCACUGUGCCGACGGGUCGCCUCCGAGCCGAACCGUCCCAGCCAGGCGUAUUACAGAGUCGCGACUCGCGCGUGGCAACCCGGAACCCCGCGCGCGCGUACAAAUAGGCCCCCCGCCCGGCCGCGAACACGGCACGACCUUCCAUUCCAAUCGAGCCGACCCGCGCCGCCUCCCCGAUGAAGCUUCUCCCGCGCCUCUGCAUGGCCACAAGCAGCGCCGCCGCGGCCGACAGCGACGCCAGCAGCAACAAGCUCGGCUCGGUCGCCUCCACCUCCUCCUCCACCGUCUCCACGUCCUCCUCCGCCGCCGCCGCCGCGGUCUCCGAGGCGUCCUCGUCCACGUCCCUCCCGUCGCUCUCCGCCGCGACGUCGAAUGCCGCCUGCCGCGCCGCCGCCUUCGCCCACGUCGCCACGCUGCUCCCUCCGCCCACGGCGGCGGCCGCGGCGUCAGCGGCAGCGGCUGUCGCGGUGGUGGACGGCUCGCAUGGUUUCGUCGUCGCCAGGCCGGCGUCCGUGGCCCUCCACGACCUCUGCACCCUGGAGCCGACGUCCACCUCCGACCCGGGUCACGACACCGCGACCGCCGGCUCGGUCAAGUGCGUGGCGCACGUCCACGGAGGCAAGGCCGUGACGGGCCACCAGGACGGGAGGCUGCGGCUCUGGCGAGUCUCCUCGCGCGCGCCCGCCCGGAUCCGCCUCGCCGCCGCGCUCCCCACGGUCUCCGACCGCCUCCGACGCUUCCCGGUCCCGUCCAACCACGUCGCCGUCCGCCGCCACCACCGCCGGCUCUGGAUAGAGCACGCCGACACCGUGUCCGGCGUCGCCGCGUCCACGGACGGCCGCCUCCUGUUCUCCGUCUCCUGGGACAAGACGCUCAAGGUCUGGGCGAUCCCGUCCCUCCGCUGCUUGCAGUCGUUGCCGGCGCACGACGAUGCCGUCAACGCGGUCGCCGUCGCGCCGGACGGCACGGUGUACACUGGCUCCGCCGACAGGCGCGUUCGUGUCUGGGCGCCCAGGCCCGCGUCCGACAAGACCACCAAACGACAGAGCAAGAAGCCGGUUUACUACCUGGUGGCCACCCUCUCCCGCCACACGGCGGCGGUGAACGCCGUGGCCGUCGGGUGCGGGGGGCAGGUGCUGUACUCCGGCGGCAACGAUCGCUGCGUGGUGGUGUGGGAGCGGGAGGACAGCGCGAGCCACAUGGUCGCGAUCGGGGCGCUGCGGGGGCACCGCAAGGCGGUGCUCUCCAUCGCGUGCGCGGGGGGCGGGCUGGUUGUGAGCGGGUCGGCGGAUCACACGGUUCGGGCCUGGCGGCGCGAGACGGACGGACGGGGCCACACGUGCGUCGCCGUGAUCGACGGGCACGGCAGCGCCGUCCGUUCGGUGGCGGUGGCUCUCGUUCCGGGCAAGAAGCAGCUGCAGGGAGGAGACGGCGACGGCGAGGAGGAAUGGAGGGUGUGCAGCGCCAGCUUUGACGGCGAGGUGCGGGUCUGGUCGUUGCGGGUGACGACGGGCUUGUAGUAGGUUGGAUUUGCUGCGAUUUCUGACGUUGGAAAGUGUGUUUUCCUGAUUUUUGAUCUGAUCUUGAUAGUUGAGAUAGAGAUACGUACGGUCCGUCGUGUACAUACAGGGAAGAGGUAAUUUAUCUACCUGUAAUAUUUGGACUUCGGCAAACUUUUUGUGGUGAA